GGAAUGGCUGUGCUCCGUUGUGUGUGCGGAAUUGAUUCGUCUUCUCAUUCUCGCCUCCACGGUCCUGGUCUAGGCUAGUGAUGCAUUGCAGCUGGCUCUCAUCUCCGAACCGAUUGUCUGAGCAGCCUAAACUAGUUCAUCUCUGCGGCCGUGUGGGAUUUCCAGUGACGUUUGCUCUGGUUUCCCUGUUCUGUCGGGCCUUCGCUUCAAUUGAUUUCUUAAGCCCCGACUGCGCGAUGGAGGAGGUUAAAUACCACUACCCUUGCUCCUCGCUACUGGUCCGAGGGCGAGCUCCAGAAUUGGCGAAUUUCUCUUUUCUCUUCCUUUUCUCUUACCAGAAUAGUGAAGAACAGAUUGGGAGCCGGCUUCUUGAUCCAGCCCGCCUCCUUCGCUCGGUCUCACCAAGAUGGGUGCUAGUUUGCUAACCAAGGGGCUUGCCCUCCUCCACCUCUGCGUCGGGUUAACGGCCGCAAGCAAUGGCUCAACACCACUCUACAAGGACCCGCAUGCUUCGGUGGAUGAUCGCGUCACUGAUCUUCUGGGUCGCAUGACGAUCCACGAUAAAACGGCGCAAUUGCUGCAAGGUGAUCUCUCGAACUGGAUGAACACCACGACUGGAGCGUUCAACUACUCCGGCCUCGUUGCGAACAUGGAGCUGAAGGCUGGAGGAUUCUACGUUGGGUAUGCGGUCCCGUGGGACUGGAUGGUGACGAACAUCAAGCAUGCGCAGGAUUACCUGGUUCACAACACGACGCUUGGGAUUCCGGCGCUUGUUCAGACGGAAGGUAUUCAUGGAUUCUUGGUUCAGAAUGCCACCAUCUUCAACUCGCCUAUUGCAUACGGUUGCUCUUUCAACCGUGAGUUGGUCUACAAAAUGGCCAAGAUCAUCAGUCAAGAAACUCUUACUCUUGGUGUCAAUCAAUUGUUCGCUCCCGUGGUUGAUCUGGCCCGUGAGCUGCGCUAUGGCCGGGUCGAAGAGACGUUCUCCGAGGACCCGUACCUUGCUGGCGAGAUUGGCUACAAUUACGUGAAAGGCCUGCAGAGUCUCAAUGUUUCGGCCACCGUCAAGCAUUUUGCCGGCUUCAGUGCACCCGAGCAAGGAUUGAACACCGCGCCGGUUCAGGGAGGAGAAAGAUACCUUCGUACCACCUGGCUGCACUCCUUCAAGCGGGCAAUCAUUGAUGCAGGCGCAUGGAGUGUCAUGAGCGCCUACCACUCCUACGACGGCAUCCCGGCUGUGGCCGAUUAUCUCACCUUGACAAAGAUUCUAAGAGGAGAAUGGGGCUUCAAACACUGGGUCUUUAGCGAUGCUGGUGCUACCGAUCGACUCUGCACGGCUUUCAAGCUUUGCCAGGCUUCGCCAAUUGACAUGGAAUCGGUCACCCUGCAGGCACUCCCUGCUGGCAAUGACGUUGAGAUGGGUGGCGGUUCUUUCAACUUCCAAAAGAUUCCCGAGCUCGUCGAGGCUGGAAAGCUGGACAUCGAGACCGUUAACACGGCUGUCUCGCGUAUUCUCCGCGCCAAGUUCGAGAUGGGUCUCUUCGAGAAUCCCUUCCCUGCUGCACCUGAGUCGCAGUGGCACAAGCUGAUUCACAGCUCGGAAGCGGUCGAGCUUGCCAGAACCUUGGACAAGGAGUCUAUCGUCCUAUUGGAGAACCAUAACAAGACCCUUCCCUUGAAGAAAAGCGGCAGUAUUGCGGUCAUUGGACCCAUGGCCCACGGCUUCAUGAACUACGGAGACUACGUCAUCUACAAGAGCCAGUACCGCGGCGUGACCCCUCUGGACGGCAUCAAAGCCGCUGUCGGUGACAAGGCCACGGUCAACUACGCUCAAGGCUGCGAGCGCUGGAGCAACGACCAGUCCGGCUUCGAUGAAGCCAUCGCGGCUGCCAAGAAGUCCGACGUCGCUGUCGUCGUCGUGGGCACCUGGUCUCGCGACCAGACCGAGCUGUGGUCCGGCUUCAACGCGACCACCGGUGAGCACAUCGACCUCGACAAUCUCGCCCUCGUCGGCGCCCAAGGCCCGCUCGUCAAGGCCAUUCUCGACACCGGCGUCCCCACGAUCGUGGUUCUCUCCAGCGGGAAGCCCAUCACCGACGUGACAUGGCUCGCCAACUCGACCUCAGCGCUCGUGCAGCAAUUCUACCCCUCCGAGCAAGGCGGCAACGCGCUGGCGGACGUGCUGUUCGGCGACUACAACCCUUCCGGCAAGCUGUCCGUCAGCUUCCCGCGCUUCGUCGGCGACCUGCCCAUCUACUACGACUUCCUCAACUCGGCGCGCAACAUCGGGCCCGCCGGCCACGCCUACCCCAACGGCACGCUGGACUUCGAGUCCCAGUACGUCCUGGGCGACCCCACCGCCAUCUACGAGUUCGGGUACGGCAAGAGCUACGUCGAGUUUGCGUAUGGGACGGUCCAGCUGAGCAAGACUAAUGUCACGGCCUCGGACACGGUGACGGUCAGUGUGGACGUGACCAACACCGACGCCGCCCGCGACGGCACCGAGGUCGUACAGGUGUACGUGUCCGACGUGAUCGCGUCGGUGGUGGUGCCGAACCGCGCUCUGAAGGGCUUCGAGAAGGUGCUCAUCCCCGCGGGCAAGACCACGACGGUGGAGAUCGAUCUGAAGGUCGAGGAUCUGGGCCUGUGGAACCGAUCGAUGCAGUACGUCGUGGAGCCGGGGGCGUUCACGGUGCUGGUCGGGAGCAGCUCGUCGGACAUCCGGGGGAAUGCGACGUUCUAUGUUGAGUAG